AUGUCACGUGGCGAUACCCAGUUGCGGUCAGGCUCCGCGCCAAAUUGCUGGGUGGAUGAGGGCCUGUCUACUCAAGCACCCAAAAAUGACUCCUUUGCACACCUCAUUCGGGCUCGAGAGGAGCAACAAAAGCGCAUCCGCGACGCAUUGGAGGAGCAGAACCGUCAACUACGUGCGCGCCUUGCCUCUGAAGAGGCCAAUCAAGGUGAUCCUACAUCUGCUAGCUCUACAGCCGCCGUCUGUCGCUGGUCAUCGCGUUCUCCAUCUAAGCAGCCGACAGUGCCAGUUGAGGAGUUUAUUACCUUCGUGACGGAGAUGAAGCAUCUUAUUAACUACGCCCAAGAAGCGGACCUGGUGGCUCUUCAUGCACUUCAAGACCAGGUGGAUUUUCAAAAACGUGAUCUUAUUCAGCGGAUAGCAGAACUAGAGGCGCAGAUGAUUGCCAUUCAGCGGCGGGAGGAGUUUGGAUACGCUUCUGGCGGCAACCCCUUUGCACUCAUGUCACACUCCAGUGCGAGAAUGCAUGAAGGCAAGCCAGCACUAGAGUAUGUGUUACAUGAGCUGGAAAAUGUGCGUCGUACAGCGGAGGAGGCAAUGCAGCGUGCACGUAAAAUAGAUGAGACUUUGGAGAGGCAACAAAUAUCUUCUUGUGUAUUUGAGAGGGAUCUAAAUGCACUAGAAACAAAAAUGGUAGAUUUUGAGUCCUUGCCCACUCUUUUCAGGCAAGAAGCUAUGAUGCUGGAGGAACGCUAUGUGGAAUUUACCCACCGAGUGCAAGAGGAGAUUGCGCAGAGGCAGGAACAGCCGCCACUAUCCUUUGAAGGCAACGCUGAUCCUAUACGGCUACUGCAGGAGCAAUUGCAGGCGGUGGAGCGUGCUGUAGUUGAAAUAGGUCAACGAGACACUGUUGCAGCCAACGAUCAUGUAAAUGGUGACAUAAAAGGCCUUGUGUCCGGCUUCGUCAACGCAAAAGUGCAGGAAAUUAAAGAGGCGGCUGAAAGCUCUCUUUGGGCAGAGCUGCAGGAGUUUCACAAAGUCGCAUCCAACAGUGCCGGAGUCGACCCAACCUUCUCGCCCGGAGAAGGGGUUCCGUUGGGUUUGAACAGGCUGGACGAUACCACAACGAGCCUUCUGGAGGAUUUGGCUGAGAGGGUGCGAUAUCUGGAGACAACGUUGCAUGCCGUAACGAAGCUUGAUUCCACGGAACAACCUUCAUCGGAAGAAGAAAUUGUUGAACCGCCGACAAAUAUGUUGAAGAGUGCUGCUAUCAUAGUUGAGAGAGCUAUUGCACGCAGCGCAACUUCAUUCGUUGACACUGCUAUCUUGGACACCAGAGAACUUGUGGAACGUCUGGAGAGGAUCGAAACACAAAUGAACGCCCUCCAAGACAGGCUGAACUACUUUACUACCAAGCUGGAUACCUGCAAUACAGAGCAUAAGAUGCCUACUGGGCAGUGUGUGCCUACAACAGACAGAGGCGUUCAGUGUUCACCUAUUGUGGAAAGUGACGGUAAUCAUGUGGUCAUUUCCAUCAAAGGCCGACCUACUCAAGAAGGCGUUAACCGCCAAAUACAGGGUGAGCUUGAGCUCGCGGCGCUUGGGCUGCACACUGGGGCUGUGGAGCAGCAUGGUAUGUCACACAAUGUAGAUACAACAACUACUCCGAAUGGAGGACAAUCUGUGGACGAGAAUAUUUCAAUGACUCCUCCUCCUGAUUACGCGGCAAUGUUGUAUACACGCAGAAGGAAACCAGCGACGAGAGAAGAGACCAGAAUAAUAUCAUUUGGCCCAUUCAAAGCGCCUCACGUGACAAUUACCCCAGAGAGUCUUUCAAAGACGAUUACAGGAAUACAUGAGCAAAAACGGCACAAAGAGGAUACCGUGAAGAGGGUUAUUGCCGCUCUACGCGAUGUUCAACAGCAAUUUUCAAAGUUGUCUGAAAUAGAGUCACCCGCCCAACGCAAAUGCACACGGCAAACUGGGUGCGAGCGCACAACAUCCAGUACACAAGAGGACUCAGACCCCCUCUUGGAGACAAUAGUAAGCCAGAAGGAGGCCAUACAUUUUAAGGAGAAACAGUUGAUGAACCUGCGCAACAAGCUUUGGCGCGAAAUCGCACAGCUUGAAGAGGAUGAGCGGGAACUCUUAGCGUAA